GCAGCUCGCGGCUUCCGGCCGAGCAGGCCCGCUCAAGAUGUCGUACAUGCUCCCGCAUCUGCACAAUGGCUGGCAGGUAGACCAGGCCAUCCUGUCGGAGGAGGACCGCGUGGUCGUCAUUCGUUUCGGACACGACUGGGACCCCACUUGCAUGAAGAUGGACGAGGUUCUGUACAGCACCGCCGAAAAGAAAUGGAAGAUAGUGGGAGAUCUUUCUCAUCUUGUGUGAAGAUAUCCCAGCUGUUUUAAAGCAGACGGUGUUGGUGUCGCUUGUGCUCCUGGCAUCCUCUGUGGUUCUCGAGCCUGACAGGCCUAUCUGCUGCCAAUAUGAACAUCCG